AUGUUCUCGAAGAAUUUCCUCAUCUGCACCAAUUUAGUGCUACUAUCAGUUGCCAUGGUGUCCGAAACUAAAAACUGCAAAGAACUCAAGAGUAAUUUGCAUACACACAAAUGCAAGGGGAAGUGUCAAGCAGGUGGUGCCGUAUCUGAACAAAUUGAAAUAGAGGCACAUUCAGAACAUAAUAUGGCGAGCACAUCAAGACCUUCCUCAUCAGCACUAUCCAGUCGAUCAUCACCACCUUUACCCAAAAGGUCAAAAAAAUUCAAGGCGCACCACCAAAAUAUUAUUAAAGCAGAUCAGAUAUUAGACAUUGUCGGUACACGACUCAAUAAACCUGCAGACGAGUUCGACCUUAUGGAAAAAUCGAUAGCAAUCAAAUUACGGCGAUUGCCAAGAGAAAUACGAAUAUAUUCAGAAAAAUUAAUAAACGAUAUCCUAUUUCAAGCGGAGUUAGGAAAAGUUAACGAACAUACAAGAAUAACUUUUGAAUGUGACGAAAAGGAGGAAACAUCAAUCAAGCUACAAUGCAGUGGUUGUGCUACACAAAUUAAAAGAAAAGUGAAAGAAAGAAAAUAUGUGGUUUGAGCAUGACAGGUCUGGCAACUUCAAAGAAUUUCGAUUAAAACAUUUGGAGUUAUAGAGCUCCCCAUAGCUUUGUAUUUAUUUCCCCUAAAUAACUUUGGAAUAACUUAUUGAUAUUCUGAAUGGAAACACCAAAAUAAUUGCCAAAGUUCAUCAAAAAUGAAAUAUA